AUGAAGACCACCACCACCGCCAGCCUCCUCACGGCCCUCCUUGCCGCAGGCGUCACCGCCACCCCAGGCAUCUUCGACGACAUCCACAGCGACUUUGACUCGGCCAAGACCCGCGUCGAGGACGCCUGGUCCUCCGCCACGGCGAGCACCACCACCACCACCUCAUCGUCUUCCUCCACGUCAACCUCCACAAGCACCACCGCCACAGCCACCGCCUACCCAGGCUGCACCUCCUCGUCCUCCAACUCCUGGUGCGGUGUCGUCAUCGCCGCCCAGACCGACAACAACAACACCAAGAGCGACGACAACACCCCAGCCAAGUUCAACGUCUCCAUCACCGACAGCAAGUGCAACCAGGUCGCCUCGCACACCAACGUCGAGGAGGGCCACAGCGUCACCCUCGACAGCGCCGUGGGCACGUGGGAGUUUGGCGUGUACAACCACAGCGACGGCACCGCGGGCCUGAACCUGACCUACGAGGGCCGCAACGUCAGCGACUUUCAGAAGUGGCAAGGCUGGGGGGUCGAGUACCUCAACUACACAGAGGGCCGGGUCAUGCUGUACGGUGGGAUCACGAACUGCACGAGUGCGGACAAGGAGAAGUCGUCCUCCUCGUCGGAUAGCGACAAGAAGGAUACCAAGUCUGAUGACAAGGACAAUGCGGCUGGGCGGGUUUAUAGCGCUGGCUGGGCGCUUGCUUCGGUAUUCCUCGCCAUGGCUACCCUGUUGUGA